CUAGUCCAAGUUACGACAAGUGCAGAUCGCGAGCAUGUGAUGUUUGUUGAAUUUUUGUCGCUCUCUCUUUCUCAGACCAUCACAUUCGAUUCUUCCGUGUUAUGGAGUCCUCUACCAAAAUACCAAAACCUCCCAAGUUGAGAAAAAAUGAGCCUAUAUGUGACCUGCUUCACUACUUGGAACCAGCGGGUAUCAGCAAGUCGGAUUUCGAAACCAUAAAGACGUAUAUUCGCAUUUCGUCCUUCCAGUGCCACUGGGGGCUGAUUCCUCUCAAGUUUCGAAAUGAACAACCAGCGCAUGCUUGGCGAGAGUUUGAAGCAGCUGUUCUUCAAAAAUACCCUCGUCUUCACAAGUUCGAGCAUGCUUGGCCCAUCGAGGCCUACUUUGAUAGAUGGGUUCGUAACGACAGAUACAAAAAGAUCUAUCGCGAUAAAGCCAAAACUGGCGACCGAACGCCAUCACGAGGCAUCAGCGAACCGGAUAACAAAAAAAUCAAACUCGAAGAGGGGUAUACUUUCUCUAGGCCAUACAGAACCCGUACCGUGCUAGGAGAUAUUAGUAAUAUCAGCCAUAGUCAGGUGUCAUCUUUUCGCAGAAACGGGCACCCAAGUCCAUCUUCGCCGGCCCUGAAGUCAAAGGACGCAGUACCUCUUGUAUACAUCCAGAGCCCCACAUCCGACCCCGGUUCUACUCGAGCAUCAUUCCAGCCACUGGUUAAUUUUCCAUUUGUGCGCGCAAGCACAAUUGACUGCGUUGGCCUUCUCUCCCAAUCUCUAACUCCUCCUCGGAUCCCCAGUGGUGCCCCCAUCUCUGUACCUCUGGCUGCCGAUGUACCUGCCAGCAACGUAGCUCAGGCAUCAACUCCAGCACGAGGCACUGACGGGAGUACCAGCAGCGGGCCAGCUCCCUCUCUGGUAAGCAGCAGUCUGGCUGAGGACGGUGAAUCUUUUCCUCGCUCUCCAGAAGCUUGCCUCACCUGUGGUGCUCAACCCGAAGUGGACCAAACCUACAACUCCGAAUUGCUCCGCUUUCUGGAUGCUAACAGAGAGAACAACCUCCUCUCCAUUCUCAGGAUGGCAGGGAUCUUUACCAAUCAUCACCUUCACUUGCUGAUCCAGAUGAACGAGAAAGAGCGAGAUGGAUUCUUCCAUCUUCUUUCGCCCGGGUACCUCAACGAGGUCACUGCAAUGAAUAUGAAGAAAAGGCUGGAAGACUAUGCACAGCGAUCCACGUCGCACAAAUCGAGCUCAUCUACGGAAGGAGACGCGAUACCUGAGCCAUCUGAAGAUGUUGAGGAUGAGCUCUUGGAUCGAACGUGUUUACCCGACAGAUUUGCUCAGGUCAUGCAGAUCUCUAGGGACAAGUAUGAUGAACUUGCUAAAACGAUCUCUAUCUGCUUCAAACGGACUGUCACGGAAAACCCUGAAGAAUUGUACUUCCAUGACAUCACGGGAAGUCAGUGGAAUGCCUUCGUUUCGGAGGUUUCCCAAGCGCAUCCAUUUGUAUCAUAUUACGCGAAGAUGUGGCCCAUCGAAAACUAUGUGAGGAGUCAGAUGAAAGCGACUAGUACAUCCCCACAGGUAUUCAUAGCUCUCCGUCCUCUGCUCCCCCUCUGACUGUGUACCCCUAGACGGGAGAGCCCGUUUUAUCGUCCUCUUUGCAGGACAAGGUCGUACAGAUUUUCACGUGUCCUGGUCGUCAACACAUGAUUCCGGGCUUCAGCAGUUAUCCCA